AUGAGGAGCAGUUCAGCAGGGUCAGGUCCUUCGAGUAGGGUUCGCGGCUCUAGAAGAUUUCCGUUUACUGCGGACUUGGUCGGAGGCGAAGCGAGCAGUGUUCGCCGACGCCGCGCGUUCCGAACGAGCGAGGACAAGGCGCGCGAACCUCGGGGCUCGGGGCUCAGUCCCCACCAGGCCGCGGUAGCCCCCACGGCCAGCCAGGCCAGCGCAGCCACCGCUGGCACCAGCCGCCGCAGCCGCCGGAGACAUCGCGGCUCCGCGCCGCGGAGAAGACUUAAAUAUCCCAGCGUGCACCGCGCCGCGCGCUGCGUCAUCGCGCGCCGCCUCAACCUCAAGUAUAAGAAAUAUACCACCACGGCCACGCAGGCGGAGAUCAAGGCCGCCUACUACCGGCAGAGCUUCCUCUAUCACCCGGACCGCAACUCUGGGAGCGCUGAGGCCGCCGAGCGCUUCACGCGCAUCUCCCAGGCCUACGUGGUGCUGGGCAGUGCCACCCUCCGUCGCAAGUAUGACCGCGGUCUGCUCAUUGACGAGGACCUGCGCGGACCCGGCGUCCGGCCCUCCAAGAUGCCCCCAGAGGACGCCGGCUCUCCCCGUCCGCCGCCGGCCGCCUCUCGGGCCCAAUACGGCGGUCGGGGCGCUCCGGGCGCCAACCGCACCAUGUUCGACUUCGACGCCUUCUACCAGGCACACUACGGAGAACAGCUGGAGCGCGAACGGCGCCUGAGGGCCCGGCGGGAGGCCCUUCGCAAGCAGCAAGAGGACCGGGCCAAGAAAGGCUUACAAUGGGACGAGAUCCGAGACAGUGCUUUCAUUGUCGUUUUCCUCACAAUCUUCGCUGUCGUCGGCUUUCGUAUUUAAUCGGAGAAAGGAGGGAAGGGGAGCCGCCCCAGCCAGCCCUGAGUGAACGGCCUUUCCUGUCUUCUGAACCCUUGGCCUGCCUUUGUCUACCUCUGCUGGGGUCUGAAGUAACUCCCUGCCCUCCCUGACCUGCCCAGCUUAGCCGGUGACCUGCGCGUCCCUCCCCUACGCUCCAGAAACGGAGGCUUUUUGAUUCCUAAGAAAGAGGCCCCAAGAUGAAGAGUCCCGAAAGCCCAGGAGUGGAGGGUUUUUUGGAGUCCCUUGGGUGCCUGCUUCCAGAGUUUGCCUUCCCGAUGUUGUCGAU